AUGGGUAAGGACGGAGACCCCGGGGGCCAAGCGAUGAGUCCGAAAGAUCCAAAAAUGCAAGCAGCCAAAGUGCGAUUGCUUGAUGGAACAUACAAGGACUUCAGUUUACAUCGAGGCUCAGAUGGAGAAGCGCUCUUUGCGCUAGUGAGUGCCGAUCUGUCUAUCGAGGAGCGCGAGUAUUUCUCUCUCUGUUUUUACGACACAGAGGGAACACGAAAUUGGCUAUACAACGACAAGAAAAUACUCAGGCAGCUCAAAGGCCUUCCGUGGGAGUUCUGUUACGAGGUCAAAUUCUAUCCGACCGCGCCAUCUUCACUUAUUGACGAUCAUGCACGGUAUAACCUAUUCCUCCAGCUACGAAAUGACGUGUGCAGUGGGCGACUGCCAGCAACAAUUGAUACACAUGCUACAUUAGGCGCUCUGGUCGCACAGGCGCAAUAUGGUGAUGCUAAGCCGACCCCGGAUUACGAAGAAUAUUUGCGAACGACAAAAUUUGCUCCGCAAAACAGUGAACAGCUUCUCCAAAUGAUAGCGCAGAAGCAUAAGGAGCAUAAGGGUUUGACGCCAGCUGAGGCGGAAAAUUUAUAUUUGGACACUUGUAAGCAGCAAACUAUGUAUGGAAUAUUUGUUUUCAAUGCGAAGGACAGUAAGAAUGUCCCAGUUGGUAUUGGAAUCUGUGCACAUGGUAUUUAUAUCUAUAAAGACCAGAUUCGUGUGAAUAGAUUCCCAUGGCAGGGCAUAAUCAAAAUCAGCUACCGUAAAAAUCAGUUUGCCAUAAAGCUGAAGGCCGGGGAGAUUGACAAAAAGGAAGCGACUGUUGUCUACAAAGUUUCUGAUUAUGCGCAUGCUAAACGUAUAUGGAAGACUGCAGUUGAACAUCACACUUUCUUCAGGCUUAUUCAACCAGACGAAAAACCGAAGUCAUCCCUAUUCCGAUGGGGAUCAGCUCGUUUCCGUUACCAGGGGCGCACCCAGUUCCAAACUAAGAUGGCUUCACAAAUGUUCGACAAACCGUCAAAUGUGACUGUGCAGCGUACGAGUAGCGCUCGCCUCACACAUUCUCUUGAUAACGUUGCAAAAGAGCAAGUUGGCAGCGAUCAUGUCUCGCCAUUACACUACGCGGAUAAUGAAUUGGGAUCGCGAGAGCCAAUGGCGUCUCCCGCCGUGACUUACGAGGUUUCUGGUCAAAGCGAAAAGCGAAAGCUCAACGACAAGGUGGGUAACGGUCUGCCAUCUGAUGAUGAUGAUGAGCUUGUCUACACGCCUGUUGAAUCGCCGUCAUCUGCUGCUUAUUAUCUCUCAGAACGUUCAUCUGCCUAUACACCCACCUCAAAUGAAUUUGGCCGUUCACAACAAAUGAGACUCACCCCUUUAUAUUCUUGGAAGAUUUCUGAAAGUGCUUCCACUUCGGCUGAUCGUGAUCGGUAUUCGUACAGUGAAGCAGCUGGCUCACAUUCUUUGCCAAACCGUUCCAGUCAGUUCUCAACCUCGUUCGUUGAUUCCACAGAAAGGCGUGCUGAUAUUGAGUCACUUCCUAUCAAUGAUACUGUACAAGUCUACCAUGCGGGACAUUAUCAACGCCUGGAUAGGCAACCACGUCGGCAACAACGAAAUUUUGAUCUUAAUAAUCAGCGCAUUAAUGGCGUUACAUCUGUACGAAGGUUGGGACCAGAUGAGGAGAUGGAUCUACAUCCGAUUCGCUAUUUUGUCAAUGUUCAGCAUUCGGGAUCUAGCCACAUACCGCGUGUGAGCAGAAUUCGGCAUCCAGGACGAGAAGAAGUUGGCGCUCCGAAUCUAUCCAACUACAAAUUUAGUAGCGGCUCUUAUUCUCCAGUUGUACGGCUUGAACCUGGUCACGAACUUCCACCACAUAACAUUAGACAGUAUUCUGCUGUUUAUCAUCCCGGAAGCUCCCAAAUUGUCUUAUCGAAGCAGACUGAUGACGAGGUUCCGCCUGUGCGCCUGAUCACGAGAGUCCUACCCACCUCGUUACAACGUGGUCAUCAGCAGGCACUAAUAGAUGGAAUUAGUGCCCAGAAUUCGUUAACUAGCGGACCGGUAUCUGAAAAAAGUGAAGGAUUAGAUCGCGUAGCGCAGUUUUCCACUCCAUCUACGUCGAUUACAGGUAGAACGACUGAUUCAUCACGCAAAAAAGUUCUCACCAACUCGGAACCCACUCAACAGCGCGCAUAUGUCUUUGGAAGAUGGCGUCAUGAUGGUGACGAAGAGGUUGUUGAGAAGGACCGUGUCCGACCUGAAACGUAUGGCAUAGCGUCUACGUCAUAUAAAGGUCCUCUUGAAUCCACUACACGUCAUUCUGACUUGCCGACCGCACCCCUGCGGGAUCACGCACAAGUGUACCAUCACGGGCAGUCAUGGGAUGUAUCCAAGGGAGCUAAAACUCCUACUGUUGCCACAACUGAAAUCGAGCAUGGCACGGGAAAGAAGGCUGUUCUGCAUUUGAAAGGUACUCCUGUGAAGGAUGUGCCGUCGCCGGCUGCCGAAGAGGAAACACCCAAAGUUCGAUUGAUAGCUCGAGUGCCACACAGCACAUCGGAGGAUGAGACAGACAGUUCUAAAGCAAGGAAAGACCAUGAAUCUUCUGGACUGUUCUCUUUCUGGAAAUCGGGUGGCCGUAAACAUCGUGGGGACUCGCAGGAGGGUUCUGAAUAUCCUCACCCUGGCAAAUAUACUGGUCCAUUAGACGAUGUGAAUCGUCAGAAAGAUAUCGAGCAGAUUCCGUUCAAGGCACCUGCUCAUGUGGACUAUAAACCAGCUUCGACCACCACUUCGGAACCCGCUCAACAGCGCGCAUAUGUCUUUGGAAGAUGGCGUCAUGAUGGUGACGAAGAGGUUGUUGAGAAGGACCGUGUCCGACCUGAAACGUAUGGCAUAGCGUCUACGUCAUAUAAAGGUCCUCUUGAAUCCACUACACGUCAUUCUGACUUGCCGACCGCACCCCUGCGGGAUCACGCACAAGUGUACCAUCACGGGCAGUCAUGGGAUGUAUCCAAGGGAGCUAAAACUCCUACUGUUGCCACAACUGAAAUCGAGCAUGGCACGGGAAAGAAGGCUGUUCUGCAUUUGAAAGGUACUCCUGUGAAGGAUGUGCCGUCGCCGGCUGCCGAAGAGGAAACACCCAAAGUUCGAUUGAUAGCUCGAGUGCCACACAGCACAUCGGAGGAUGAGACAGACAGUUCUAAAGCAAGGAAAGACCAUGAAUCUUCUGGACUGUUCUCUUUCUGGAAAUCGGGUGGCCGUAAACAUCGUGGGGACUCGCAGGAGGGUUCUGAAUAUCCUCACCCUGGCAAAUAUACUGGUCCAUUAGACGAUGUGAAUCGUCAGAAAGAUAUCGAGCAGAUUCCGUUCAAGGCACCUGCUCAUGUGGACUAUAAACCAGCUUCGACCACCACUUCGGAACCCGCUCAACAGCGCGCAUAUGUCUUUGGAAGAUGGCGUCAUGAUGGUGACGAAGAGGUUGUUGAGAAGGACCGUGUCCGACCUGAAACGUAUGGCAUAGCGUCUACGUCAUAUAAAGGUCCUCUUGAAUCCACUACACGUCAUUCUGACUUGCCGACCGCACCCCUGCGGGAUCACGCACAAGUGUACCAUCACGGGCAGUCAUGGGAUGUAUCCAAGGGAGCUAAAACUCCUACUGUUGCCACAACUGAAAUCGAGCAUGGCACGGGAAAGAAGGCUGUUCUGCAUUUGAAAGGUACUCCUGUGAAGGAUGUGCCGUCGCCGGCUGCCGAAGAGGAAACACCCAAAGUUCGAUUGAUAGCUCGAGUGCCACACAGCACAUCGGAGGAUGAGACAGACAGUUCUAAAGCAAGGAAAGACCAUGAAUCUUCUGGACUGUUCUCUUUCUGGAAAUCGGGUGGCCGUAAACAUCGUGGGGACUCGCAGGAGGGUUCUGAAUAUCCUCACCCUGGCAAAUAUACUGGUCCAUUAGACGAUGUGAAUCGUCAGAAAGAUAUCGAGCAGAUUCCGUUCAAGGCACCUGCUCAUGUGGACUAUAAACCAGCUUCGACCACCACUUCGGAACCCGCUCAACAGCGCGCAUAUGUCUUUGGAAGAUGGCGUCAUGAUGGUGACGAAGAGGUUGUUGAGAAGGACCGUGUCCGACCUGAAACGUAUGGCAUAGCGUCUACGUCAUAUAAAGGUCCUCUUGAAUCCACUACACGUCAUUCUGACUUGCCGACCGCACCCCUGCGGGAUCACGCACAAGUGUACCAUCACGGGCAGUCAUGGGAUGUAUCCAAGGGAGCUAAAACUCCUACUGUUGCCACAACUGAAAUCGAGCAUGGCACGGGAAAGAAGGCUGUUCUGCAUUUGAAAGGUACUCCUGUGAAGGAUGUGCCGUCGCCGGCUGCCGAAGAGGAAACACCCAAAGUUCGAUUGAUAGCUCGAGUGCCACACAGCACAUCGGAGGAUGAGACAGACAGUUCUAAAGCAAGGAAAGACCAUGAAUCUUCUGGACUGUUCUCUUUCUGGAAAUCGGGUGGCCGUAAACAUCGUGGGGACUCGCAGGAGGGUUCUGAAUAUCCUCACCCUGGCAAAUAUACUGGUCCAUUAGACGAUGUGAAUCGUCAGAAAGAUAUCGAGCAGAUUCCGUUCAAGGCACCUGCUCAUGUGGACUAUAAACCAGCUUCGACCACCACUUCGGAACCCGCUCAACAGCGCGCAUAUGUCUUUGGAAGAUGGCGUCAUGAUGGUGACGAAGAGGUUGUUGAGAAGGACCGUGUCCGACCUGAAACGUAUGGCAUAGCGUCUACGUCAUAUAAAGGUCCUCUUGAAUCCACUACACGUCAUUCUGACUUGCCGACCGCACCCCUGCGGGAUCACGCACAAGUGUACCAUCACGGGCAGUCAUGGGAUGUAUCCAAGGGAGCUAAAACUCCUACUGUUGCCACAACUGAAAUCGAGCAUGGCACGGGAAAGAAGGCUGUUCUGCAUUUGAAAGGUACUCCUGUGAAGGAUGUGCCGUCGCCGGCUGCCGAAGAGGAAACACCCAAAGUUCGAUUGAUAGCUCGAGUGCCACACAGCACAUCGGAGGAUGAGACAGACAGUUCUAAAGCAAGGAAAGACCAUGAAUCUUCUGGACUGUUCUCUUUCUGGAAAUCGGGUGGCCGUAAACAUCGUGGGGACUCGCAGGAGGGUUCUGAAUAUCCUCACCCUGGCAAAUAUACUGGUCCAUUAGACGAUGUGAAUCGUCAGAAAGAUAUCGAGCAGAUUCCGUUCAAGGCACCUGCUCAUGUGGACUAUAAACCAGCUUCGACCACCACUUCGGAACCCGCUCAACAGCGCGCAUAUGUCUUUGGAAGAUGGCGUCAUGAUGGUGACGAAGAGGUUGUUGAGAAGGACCGUGUCCGACCUGAAACGUAUGGCAUAGCGUCUACGUCAUAUAAAGGUCCUCUUGAAUCCACUACACGUCAUUCUGACUUGCCGACCGCACCCCUGCGGGAUCACGCACAAGUGUACCAUCACGGGCAGUCAUGGGAUGUAUCCAAGGGAGCUAAAACUCCUACUGUUGCCACAACUGAAAUCGAGCAUGGCACGGGAAAGAAGGCUGUUCUGCAUUUGAAAGGUACUCCUGUGAAGGAUGUGCCGUCGCCGGCUGCCGAAGAGGAAACACCCAAAGUUCGAUUGAUAGCUCGAGUGCCACACAGCACAUCGGAGGAUGAGACAGACAGUUCUAAAGCAAGGAAAGACCAUGAAUCUUCUGGACUGUUCUCUUUCUGGAAAUCGGGUGGCCGUAAACAUCGUGGGGACUCGCAGGAGGGUUCUGAAUAUCCUCACCCUGGCAAAUAUACUGGUCCAUUAGACGAUGUGAAUCGUCAGAAAGAUAUCGAGCAGAUUCCGUUCAAGGCACCUGCUCAUGUGGACUAUAAACCAGCUUCGACCACCACUUCGGAACCCGCUCAACAGCGCGCAUAUGUCUUUGGAAGAUGGCGUCAUGAUGGUGACGAAGAGGUUGUUGAGAAGGACCGUGUCCGACCUGAAACGUAUGGCAUAGCGUCUACGUCAUAUAAAGGUCCUCUUGAAUCCACUACACGUCAUUCUGACUUGCCGACCGCACCCCUGCGGGAUCACGCACAAGUGUACCAUCACGGGCAGUCAUGGGAUGUAUCCAAGGGAGCUAAAACUCCUACUGUUGCCACAACUGAAAUCGAGCAUGGCACGGGAAAGAAGGCUGUUCUGCAUUUGAAAGGUACUCCUGUGAAGGAUGUGCCGUCGCCGGCUGCCGAAGAGGAAACACCCAAAGUUCGAUUGAUAGCUCGAGUGCCACACAGCACAUCGGAGGAUGAGACAGACAGUUCUAAAGCAAGGAAAGACCAUGAAUCUUCUGGACUGUUCUCUUUCUGGAAAUCGGGUGGCCGUAAACAUCGUGGGGACUCGCAGGAGGGUUCUGAAUAUCCUCACCCUGGCAAAUAUACUGGUCCAUUAGACGAUGUGAAUCGUCAGAAAGAUAUCGAGCAGAUUCCGUUCAAGGCACCUGCUCAUGUGGACUAUAAACCAGCUUCGACCACCACUUCGGAACCCGCUCAACAGCGCGCAUAUGUCUUUGGAAGAUGGCGUCAUGAUGGUGACGAAGAGGUUGUUGAGAAGGACCGUGUCCGACCUGAAACGUAUGGCAUAGCGUCUACGUCAUAUAAAGGUCCUCUUGAAUCCACUACACGUCAUUCUGACUUGCCGACCGCACCCCUGCGGGAUCACGCACAAGUGUACCAUCACGGGCAGUCAUGGGAUGUAUCCAAGGGAGCUAAAACUCCUACUGUUGCCACAACUGAAAUCGAGCAUGGCACGGGAAAGAAGGCUGUUCUGCAUUUGAAAGGUACUCCUGUGAAGGAUGUGCCGUCGCCGGCUGCCGAAGAGGAAACACCCAAAGUUCGAUUGAUAGCUCGAGUGCCACACAGCACAUCGGAGGAUGAGACAGACAGUUCUAAAGCAAGGAAAGACCAUGAAUCUUCUGGACUGUUCUCUUUCUGGAAAUCGGGUGGCCGUAAACAUCGUGGGGACUCGCAGGAGGGUUCUGAAUAUCCUCACCCUGGCAAAUAUACUGGUCCAUUAGACGAUGUGAAUCGUCAGAAAGAUAUCGAGCAGAUUCCGUUCAAGGCACCUGCUCAUGUGGACUAUAAACCAGCUUCGACCACCACUUCGGAACCCGCUCAACAGCGCGCAUAUGUCUUUGGAAGAUGGCGUCAUGAUGGUGACGAAGAGGUUGUUGAGAAGGACCGUGUCCGACCUGAAACGUAUGGCAUAGCGUCUACGUCAUAUAAAGGUCCUCUUGAAUCCACUACACGUCAUUCUGACUUGCCGACCGCACCCCUGCGGGAUCACGCACAAGUGUACCAUCACGGGCAGUCAUGGGAUGUAUCCAAGGGAGCUAAAACUCCUACUGUUGCCACAACUGAAAUCGAGCAUGGCACGGGAAAGAAGGCUGUUCUGCAUUUGAAAGGUACUCCUGUGAAGGAUGUGCCGUCGCCGGCUGCCGAAGAGGAAACACCCAAAGUUCGAUUGAUAGCUCGAGUGCCACACAGCACAUCGGAGGAUGAGACAGACAGUUCUAAAGCAAGGAAAGACCAUGAAUCUUCUGGACUGUUCUCUUUCUGGAAAUCGGGUGGCCGUAAACAUCGUGGGGACUCGCAGGAGGGUUCUGAAUAUCCUCACCCUGGCAAAUAUACUGGUCCAUUAGACGAUGUGAAUCGUCAGAAAGAUAUCGAGCAGAUUCCGUUCAAGGCACCUGCUCAUGUGGACUAUAAACCAGCUUCGACCACCACUUCGGAACCCGCUCAACAGCGCGCAUAUGUCUUUGGAAGAUGGCGUCAUGAUGGUGACGAAGAGGUUGUUGAGAAGGACCGUGUCCGACCUGAAACGUAUGGCAUAGCGUCUACGUCAUAUAAAGGUCCUCUUGAAUCCACUACACGUCAUUCUGACUUGCCGACCGCACCCCUGCGGGAUCACGCACAAGUGUACCAUCACGGGCAGUCAUGGGAUGUAUCCAAGGGAGCUAAAACUCCUACUGUUGCCACAACUGAAAUCGAGCAUGGCACGGGAAAGAAGGCUGUUCUGCAUUUGAAAGGUACUCCUGUGAAGGAUGUGCCGUCGCCGGCUGCCGAAGAGGAAACACCCAAAGUUCGAUUGAUAGCUCGAGUGCCACACAGCACAUCGGAGGAUGAGACAGACAGUUCUAAAGCAAGGAAAGACCAUGAAUCUUCUGGACUGUUCUCUUUCUGGAAAUCGGGUGGCCGUAAACAUCGUGGGGACUCGCAGGAGGGUUCUGAAUAUCCUCACCCUGGCAAAUAUACUGGUCCAUUAGACGAUGUGAAUCGUCAGAAAGAUAUCGAGCAGAUUCCGUUCAAGGCACCUGCUCAUGUGGACUAUAAACCAGCUUCGACCACCACUUCGGAACCCGCUCAACAGCGCGCAUAUGUCUUUGGAAGAUGGCGUCAUGAUGGUGACGAAGAGGUUGUUGAGAAGGACCGUGUCCGACCUGAAACGUAUGGCAUAGCGUCUACGUCAUAUAAAGGUCCUCUUGAAUCCACUACACGUCAUUCUGACUUGCCGACCGCACCCCUGCGGGAUCACGCACAAGUGUACCAUCACGGGCAGUCAUGGGAUGUAUCCAAGGGAGCUAAAACUCCUACUGUUGCCACAACUGAAAUCGAGCAUGGCACGGGAAAGAAGGCUGUUCUGCAUUUGAAAGGUACUCCUGUGAAGGAUGUGCCGUCGCCGGCUGCCGAAGAGGAAACACCCAAAGUUCGAUUGAUAGCUCGAGUGCCACACAGCACAUCGGAGGAUGAGACAGACAUGUACCAUCACGGGCAGUCAUGGGAUGUAUCCAAGGGAGCUAAAACUCCUACUGUUGCCACAACUGAAAUCGAGCAUGGCACGGGAAAGAAGGCUGUUCUGCAUUUGAAAGGUACUCCUGUGAAGGAUGUGCCGUCGCCGGCUGCCGAAGAGGAAACACCCAAAGUUCGAUUGAUAGCUCGAGUGCCACACAGCACAUCGGAGGAUGAGACAGACAACGAUGUGAAUCGUCAGAAAGAUAUCGAGCAGAUUCCGUUCAAGGCACCUGCUCAUGUGGACUAUAAACCAGCUUCGACCACCACUUCGGAACCCGCUCAACAGCGCGCAUAUGUCUUUGGAAGAUGGCGUCAUGAUGGUGACGAAGAGGUUGUUGAGAAGGACCGUGUCCGACCUGAAACGUAUGGCAUAGCGUCUACGUCAUAUAAAGGUCCUCUUGAAUCCACUACACGUCAUUCUGACUUGCCGACCGCACCCCUGCGGGAUCACGCACAAGUGUACCAUCACGGGCAGUCAUGGGAUGUAUCCAAGGGAGCUAAAACUCCUACUGUUGCCACAACUGAAAUCGAGCAUGGCACGGGAAAGAAGGCUGUUCUGCAUUUGAAAGGUACUCCUGUGAAGGAUGUGCCGUCACUAUCUGUUGAAGAACAAUCUGAAAAAGGGAAUGUGACAGAAUCAGCGUCACAUAGCACUACGAGCGACGUUUCAGAUUUGUCAAAGUCAGCAAAGAGCCAGAACUCUGGAUUACUUGCGUUUUGGAAAACAGGAAAUCGGAAAAAUGAGGAUGUGCGAACGGUAACCGAAUAUUCUAGUAGUAGCAGAUAUGAUGGGCCACAAGAAGGAGUUGAUCUUCAUGAUGACGCGAAGGACGUCCCGUCAAAUGCUUUUGCGAAUGAAGAUGAUCGAAAGGUUAUUUCCAGUGGUUCCAAAUCUACUAGCUCUCGCACAUAUUUGUUUGGAAGGUGGCGACGUGAUAAUGCCGAUGAAGUUGUUGAAAAUAAUCAGUUUGGACCUGCGGCUUAUGGUACAGCAUCUACAUCGUAUGAAACCCCCUCUCGGUCUACUAAUCGCCAGUCCGAGCCAUCGCUCCCUCUAUUUGGAGACGGCGAACAGAGUUAUCGUUAUGGACAGGCAGCAGGUGUAGUUAAAAGUGGGGAGAGCGCAUAUGAAAAAGAUAUUAGUGCUUCAAGCGUCACUGCUGGUGAGAACCGCUCUCCUUCUUGGAGAAGGACUCGUUUUCCAGAUCACAGGCACACUGUCCAGGGAGAAGCUACAAUGUCAUCUUCAGAAAAAGGUCUUCAUCAGCAUGACCCAACUGGAGAUUCUGAACGAGUUGUAGCUCUUGCGAGUAGCCAUACAGGUCGAUUGGAAGGAAGGACAUUACAAGGAGAUGAAUGGGUGGAAGUUCGCGUAGAUCGGCGUGCUGAGGUCCAACUUGAACCUGUGUUUUGCUUGGCAGGGGCGGGGUUGCGCGAUCUCUCUGAGGAUGAAGCUGGGAUGAUCUUCUCUGUUACACCACCAAUGCCGUCGUCUAGUCGUUCGUUCUUCAGUCGACUCGGUUUCAAGAGUUCAUCGCAGAAACCCAAGAAGCAGAAGAAAGGCAAGAAGGAAACGGACUCAAGUGAUUCUUCCAGUAGUUCGGAAGAUGAGAAAAAUCAGAUCCAAGUUAUACCAGUCGAGAGUGGAGGCGUCACAUUGCCGCACUACGUGGAUCCAGAAGAAAAGGAUGGACGAGUUGUGCGACGAGAAACGAACGAGCUCAAGUAUCGUCUGAAAGGGGAAGGGAUCUCGCCGAAUUUCGAUCCACAGAACCCGUCGUUGGCGUCGACGAUGGCCCAAGCAGAACGCCUGAAUCUGCGUAGUCCGCGGCUGGAGCAUGCGGAGCGCACUGUAACUGUGCGCGCAUUGGCGCCAUUGCCACUCUCUUACGAGGAGAGCGGACAGCCGCAUACAACGAUUUCCACCUGGCAAGAGUCUAGCCGCUUACCUGAUGAAGUUAAGACUGAGUACGAUGAGAAGGGCAACAAGAUAACCCGAACGCUGAAAACUUCGCAGGUGAAACAUACGGUGCAAAAACAGACUUUCCAGAACUAUGUCGUUCCAACGGACGAGCAACCGGGAAUUGUCACUGUCGAACGCAUACGUGAGGAGACCACCCCGUUAAAUGCUGCCGCAGUGGCGACAAACGGCUCCGCUGGCUCACCUCAUGUUGUUGAAACUCAUUCGCGAUCAGUUGCGCGCUCGGCGAGUUUGUGUCCUGCAAAACCUAACGAUCGGCAAUCGAACUGUGGAGACCUAACUACAAAAUCGAACGCCGAUGUAUUCAUUGAGACUCUACGACGACAUCUGUGUCCCAAUUCCAUUCCGAUGAGCAUCGACACGACGCUCCAAGCGAUCAUGGAAGCGACUCAAAUGAAUCCGGACAUGACCGUCGAAAAGAUCGAAGUUCGUCAAGAGUCGACGGCA